CUUGAAUGGAACAUGAAGCAUGUUUGUGGUUACUUCAUCGUGUGAUUUCAAUGAUUCAGUUGGUAAAUUGUCAGGUUCGACUGCUUCUGCUGCUGUUGCUGUUUUGCCACAGUUGAUUUGUUUGAUGACCGGUCAUCCUGAUUUCUUCGAUCGUCGGUGGAGUGACAGUUGUAGGAAUGUGUAUAUGUUUUGCCUCGAUGUCCGUUGUGUUCAUUGGAGCUGUUCUAUUCAGGAGUUCGUCAACGUGUUCUACCCAUCUGUUCCUGUCUUGUCUUGUUUGUCCUUAAUCGGUCUCUCUGGUUUACUCUAUUUCCCUGCUUGUUUCUUGGUUGCGCCAUACGGUUUUCUGAUAUUUGCUUGUGUUACAGCUUUUUCCACUGUCGUUGUUAGGUGUUCCAUGUAUUUCUUCCUGUCGACUCUAAUGUUCCUCUUCACUUGUUUAUUUGCUUUGUGUACUCAGCUUGUGCCCUGACCAUCUCCGUUCUUCUUCGACCGUUGUUAAUUGCAUUGUUUUUGUUCUUCCUUUCUUGAAUCCAAGACAGGAGUUCCAUAGAGAUCCAUUCCUCAUGAUACUGCUUGUUGUGGUGCAGCACUUCCUGACACAUUGAAGUUGGCG